AUGAGUGCUCUAUUGGAGUCGAAAAACUUCAUUUGGUUGGUGGCGCAGGUGCUCCUCAUAUGGUAUGUAGUGCACUGGGCGGUAUUCAAGCUGCUGGGCGUAUCCGUUGGCAUAAUCGACCCACUCAGACUUCGGGUUCGAUCCAUCAGGUUUCGCGAUUUUCUUAGCAUUCGCUUCGUCUACUACUCCUUUCGGAAUCGCGGCCUAGUUAUCCAUGGAAUGACCUUGAACUGGCCGCAGGAAGAGCAGAUAAAGAGCUCGGCCAAAAGCUCGCAAGAGAGCCCGAAGAAUUACCUCAGCAUUCCAAGGUGGGCGCAAUGGCUCCUGAUCCGCUUCGUCCGUGUUUUCCGACGGUAUACUGUUGUGCUGGAAAACAUGGAGAUCGAUGGGGUAACAGUCGAAAACGUUACGAUGACCCUGAUGUUCGAUGACGAACGUCUUGAAGUAUCCAUCUUAGUCAAAGACGCUGCUAUGGGCGACGUGGCGAAGUGCAGUGGCAUUUUCUUUGAGCUUUCAGGGAAGCUCAAUUUCCAGAGGCCUGUUGUGCCGCUAGAAGACCUUGUCAGCGACAUCAAAGUUAGGGGCGUAUCUGUAUCUUAUGAGCAACUGCAAGCGUACCUAGAGUCUGUCAAGAAAUCACAGAAGUCUGAAGACGAAGGAAAUGAUGAAAUUUUUGAUUUCGCGGUGGAUGGUUCUCCGAAUUCAGAGACCGCAAUGUGCAUUCAGUACAUCAAAUAUCAUCUUCUCAAGAUCAGCGAUGCAGUAGCGAUGGUUAAAAAGGUCUCUUUUGUUGCUGACAACUUUACAGUGAGUAACAUCCCGUUCACAAGGCACCCGGCAUUGACUGACACAGGAAAGCUAUUAAAAUUUGAAAUUUCCACGUCGAACUUGACACUUGUUUUGAAUAAGCUAGACGAAACUGCCCCUGGUUUCAAAUUGAACUUUUCGCCUGAUGAAUUUCCCUUGAAUAUUAAAUGUACCCUUUCAUCAAUAGCUUUCAAAAUCAAUCAAGCUUUCACAGAUUUGGAAUGUUACCAGUUCUGCGAAAUUCCAAGUAUUGCUAUUUAUGGUGACACCAAUUUGUUUUCUUUGAGACUAAUUGAAGAGAACUUCGAAGAGCCGGUCGAGACCGUGGCCAAGCUUGUGGGGCAUGUUUCCUCACCUAUUGUAGAUUUCGAGAUUGCUCAAUAUUCAUUUCUGAAAUCUUUCAAGGAUCAUAUGAAGGUCUUUCAGCUACUAUUGCAAGAAACCCAAGUAGAAAAACCAACGUGUGCCAAAACGUUGGAGAAAAAGCAGGCGAUAUUCACAUACUUCCAACAUAUUCUACCCUUAGUGGAAUCCAAGAUCACUAUUGAAGACCCCACUCUACUUGUCAGCGACGGUAGCGAACUUCUCGUCCAAAAGUGUUCAAUUCUGUCAGUUAUAACAAAAGCUGACAAAUUCAUAGUUGGCGGCAACAGUGGCAAAGGGCAAGUACAUUAUAAUCUUAAGAAUACUUUGGAAAUCAUGAAUUACAACUUCAAUUACCACAACAAACUUAAAAAAUACAUUCACAAAAUUUUGACCAUCAGCAACAUAUCGGUGGCAAGUAUGGCGCAUUUGGUGCCGAACAUAAGGGUGAACUGUUACGCCGGUGUUGAUGUUUGUGAGCUGGACCUCUCUGAGCUUUCUACCCUAAUGUCGCUCAACAACAUCUUCCGAAAAGCGAAUUCCAAGAUGCUGUUAGUUGAAGAGGAACAGUUUGAGAAUUUGUACAAGAAGUUCUCGGAAUUUUUGGAAUUCAAAAAACAGGAAAGUGUAUUAAAAGGUAUUUCUAUGAAACAGACGGAGGUCUGUCCCAAAGAGCAGUUGUUUGAAAACCUCCCGCCUUUUUUUGACGGCUUACGCGCAAACAUUCAAGGACUAAAGGUCACUGUUGGUGCACGAUCUGUUUUUAUGUCGAAGGACAUCUUUGCUAAUUUGAAAGCUCAAAGUGCAGAAGACCUAGUAGACGGAGAACUUAGAAAGUUGUCUCACAGUAUUGAGAAAAUUCAAAUAUCUUUGGUGGGCUCUAACGAACAACCGCGUAUGAGCGAUGACCAAAAUUCAGACGCUUCAACUUUAUUAAAUUCCACGAAAGCUUUCUCUUACGAUGAAUUUGGUUUAGAAGACAGCGCCUCUAGCUUGUCUCCUGAAAAAGAUCACGUAUGGCUCUUCCGCUGCUCUGUGUUUGAUAUGCUGACUACGUUGUACUCAGAGAAAAGAACUGAAAGGCAAACACUGCACGCUAAGACGGUGUUUAAGCUACCAAUUCUUGAUGUAUCUCUCUUUCCUGACUGCCCUUCAAUAGAUCAGGGAGAGAAGGCGAGCUCAAAGAUCAUAGUAUCUAUCAGCACCGGUGAAUGUGAGGCCAUGAUAUCACUUAUGUCAGUAUUCCUUGUCCUUUCUGCAGCUCAUACCUUCAAAGAGACAUUCACCAGAGACGUUAAUAGGCAUAGGCGUGAAUCAAAGGCUAAAGAGCAUUUGUCUGCUCAAUAUACUAAAAAAAAACAGAGGGGAUUUUUGGCACGGUUGCUCAAAAAGGAGCUUUUGGAACUGCUACAAUUUGAACUGAAUUCGAAAUCUCUAAGCACCGUCAUUAUUCUACCAAAUGGCGUCAAGACCAGACUAGACGUUUUUAGAACCACAAUGGCUUUCUCUAACAUUUAUGAUAUCAAAACACAAGGUCAUUUUCUCCGAUUUUGUGUCGAAUCGCCACAAGUACCAAAUUCCUGGGUCAGAAUGAUAACGUGUGUUAACUUUAGGGCAGAAGGUAAUAUUAAAAGGAUCUCAAGUCAAAUUUUGAAUCCAACUAAGGAAACGCAAGAGCCAUCAGUGCUUCUUUAUAACGAUACAUUGAACUUCAAUAUUCCCCACGGUUUUGAAAUGUACCAAAUUUUUGAUAACAUCUCUACUACCGCGAAAAGCAUAAAGCAAAUGCUUUAUUCCUUAAAAACAUCGAGUACUGAGUGUGUAAUGUAUCCAAAGGUAUCCAGCCCGAUUUGUCUACCGGGAAUAAAUUUGAAGUCAAGGAGGUGGGUAUUUGGCGUGGAGGAUGAUGCUUUUGAAUCGCAGCUUGCCAUGAUAUUUCAAGUAGGUCUGGAUGAGCAAAGAUCUCGACUUGAGAAAUACGAUGUUUUUGAAAAAGCUUUGGCCAAAGAACUACUUGAAAGACAUAACAACAUGAAGAGGACCGAGACGACUUUCUUGGGCCCUGAGAAACAUCAUUUAGGUGAUCGAAAAUCAAAUGAACUUCACAGAAUGAGAAGGAAUAGCGUUCCUGAGAUCAGCCGAUCCGAAAGUAUGAAUCAAGACCAUUAUCAUUACGCAGAAGACGCAGAAGUGCACAUUGAAGAGUACCACAGGCUACAGGAACAAAUCUCAGCGUCAUGGAUUCGAAGAAUCCAAGCCUUCAAAAAAAGAGAACAGAUUGAAUUUCAAAGAAAUUUCGAGUACGUUUGGGGGAAAGUUGAUCCCGAGUGCUUCCCUAAUGGAAUAAAUAAGAAAAUUUUAGCUUUUGUUUCUUCACCUCCUUUGAUGAAUUUAAUUAUCGAAGAUGCGAAUGUGACAAUAGCACAGCCUCAUUUUGGAAUACAAAACUACCAAGCCUUCAUUCACGACGUAGGUAAGGGUGUUCCGAAAGAUACAGAGUAUUCGAUACUCGUGCCUAUGCACCUAAAUGCCGAGUUCAGAGAAAUAAGAUGUCACCUGCGAGACUAUCCUUUGCCGUUCGUAUAUCUUCCAGAUUUAACCUCCCGUCAACAAGAAUUAGGCUGCGAAAGGCCGGUUAGAUUACACGGUGAUAUCAUAAUAUCUGAGGACAAAAUAAGGUCAGAUAGAGAGCUGCGGACACUUUUCGUCCCACUUGUGCCUUCAGCCACCCUAGAAAAUGACGACAGGCUCUACUCUCUGCUUGUUCCAAGAACUUUAACGGCCAUCAAAACAUACACCAAACUGAACCUGGAACUGAAUUCCGAAGAAACAACGUUUGUUACAUGGAAUGGAUCUUAUUCUCCUGCGAUUCAGCAAGUAAUGCAAUGCUUCGACAAUUUCUCAAAGCCGCCUAUUGAUCCAUCUCCAAAGCUUGGCUUUUGGGAUAAGGUGCGUGAAAUUUUUCAUGCAAGAAUUUCGAUUCGAUGGAAUAACAAUGGUCAGUUGAAUGUGGCGCUUAAGGGCGGAAGAAGCCCUUAUAAUAUGGGCGGUGAGGCAGCUGGUUUUGUUGUUGGAUUGAAGGGUAAUUUGAACGUUGGCUGCAACAUUGCAGAUGAUCCUAAGAAAUUUUUGUCGUUAAAUUCGGAGGAGGUGUUCUUUUCGAUUCCCAACUUUUUUGCCAAGCCUCUGCUGUCUUGGUCGAGAAGCAGCAGUGAUUGCUUUUUCUUUCCUAGCCAUGAUAAUACUAACCUCCAGCAAUUUGCAUUCUACUACAACCUCAUAGAUUUACCAAAAGUUAAUAUGGAUGCUCACAAUAUUCGCGUCAUGGCAGGCUCCUAUUUCGAAAAAACUGCAAUAAGGUUGACAGGUGGAAUCACAUUGAAUGUCGGUAUCGUCUUCGAGCGCAUAAAACAUGAUUCUAAGAAAAGAACUUUUGAGUCACAAUCUCAUUGGAACACUCGGUUGUGUAAUCCCGUGGUCAUCGAAGACCUCGAGACUCACGACUCCUAUAAAGGUUUUCGGAGCGAAUUCAUUCACUUGUCUUUCACACUUCUAUCUAGCAAUCCUAAGGCUUAUAAUGUUUUGCAGCUAACACCUGGUGUCUUCAAGAUAUUUUUCGGGUGGUGGCACACAUUUUCCGGCAAUCUACCAGUCAGAAGGGGACCAUUGUUUGGGAUGAAUGCCAUGAGUCCAAAGUUUGGCGUUCAUCUGUAUACCAUAUCAUAUCAUGCCGAUGUCGCCCCACUCUUCAUUAGUCAUAUCCAUGAAUUAUUUGAUCCGGAUGAAAAUAUGAGCAAGUCCCAGAAGCAUAGCACCAAUUUUGUGGGUUUAAAGGCGAAGUCCGAACAUUUUAUGAUGGACCUCCACCAACGUAAAGAAGUUCUUCACGAAUAUAAGCACGAGCUCAGGACCACCAAGCGUAUUUCGAAACUCGCAUUUAAUGAAGGCUACGUCUCUAAUAUCGGUAUUGACGUCAGAACGGUACAAGCGCAGUUUGCAGAGGCUCAAAGUUUAGAGGAUAGUAAGGAGUCAUAUUUUGAUGUUUUCGAUAAUGACAUGACAUGGUUUGACCCAACAGAUUACAAAGAGGUAUUUUUGGACUCCAUACAGGAUCGCAGCUAUGAAGUUCACAUCAAUUCUUUGGUCUACGCCCCCAAAUUUGUCUACAAAAAACAUUCCAGUUAUGGAGACAAGUAUCAAGUUGACUUCGAAAGUUGUGAGAAAAUAGAGCCCUUUGACAAUGCCGACUAUCAUGAUUGCACUUUGAAGACUAGUGUCAAGACCCCUUUGAAUUUGAUCGAAACUCGUCUCCUAACCCUACAGACGAAACUAUCUGAGGUGACAAACGAAAUUGAUGAGGUAAAUGUGCGAAACGACAAGGAAAAGGUACAUUUUCUGGAGCUAAAGCAGCGUAAAGUAGAGGCAGCAAUCGAGCAGGUUAGGAAAGUUCUUGACGACUUCAAUGAGUACGAGAAGUAUGAAAAUGGGCAUCAAGACGAAGAUGAGAUUAGUGAGCCUGAAUGUUCGUCUGCAUCUGAAAGAGGAAAAAUAAAUGAUUGCGCAGAGUAUGAGUGGCUCACCAGAAAGUCAUUUUCCAACUCAUUUGAGCAUCGUUUCUUCAUUUUCUCAAUGUUCAUGAAGUGGAACGAUGUCAAUAGAGAUGCUGUCUACAGUUAUAUCCAUCUCCUGGACUACAAUAGGGAGCUUGCAUAUAUUUGCAAUCAUAAGGCUGUUCGAAAGGUUUUUGACCCUGAAGAAGAAUCGAAAAAACAGAGCAAUGAAAAACAUGAUUCGAUAUCAGAUGCAGCUUCUAAUUCUACCGAUAUGUUACAGAGUGAAACAGUGAAGAGUUUAGAUGCAAGGGAAAACAUUUUAGAAGUCUUCGAAGAAGGAUUGAGAAGCUUGAAUGUUGAUUUCAACUUCACAACACGCGACAAUCAUCUUGUCCAGUUUGUGGCACCUCAAAUCCAGCUAACUACCACCAGCAAGCCAGAUGUGUGCACCUUAAUUACUGCGCCUAGCAUCAAGUUAAAGACUGUAGGAUUUGACACGAAUGUCACCCAAAACCAAUACAACUCAGACAUUUUCAUGAAUCGGUACAGCGUUGCUCUAUUGAAGGCGAAUGUAUUCGUGUUCCAUAGGGACAAUUUCAGUGAUUACCACGAUGUUUUUUUCAGUGAAGAUGGCUAUGACCAAUCGAGUGAGAGAAACUGGCAGCCUUGGCCAGGAAUCGAGCUAUGUUUCAAUCCUGCCCCAUUGGAAAAAGAUGCCCUGAUUCAAGAUCUAUCCGCUAUUUUCAGAUUUGAUAGGAUGUUCUCCUUUGCGAAUAUCGCAGGGGUAAGAGAGCCAAAUUUAAAGAAUAAAAUGAUAUGCCAACUUCCAAGAACUAUUGUUAGCUCGAAUUCUAGGCAGUAUUUGGCUCUUUAUGACGUUGUUGCGCACCUUUUGGUUUACGUUGAACCCAAGAGUGCUCACUUACGUAAGGAAAUCGAAAAGCUGAUGUUACGUUAUGACACAACUAAUCUCGCGCCUUUAAAGAAAGUUGUUAUUGAGUUGCAGCUGAAGGUAGUUGCCUUGAAUCAUCUAGAAAAAGAGCUCGCUUUUAGAAGGAAUAUCCUUGAGGCCGAUGGACUUGAUGAUUUACGUGUCAUCCGGAAGAACAAGUACGAAUCUCUCAUAAGCUUAUACAUUUUGAUGAAAGUGCUCAAUAUGGGAAGCCAGGAACAUGCUGCGGAAGAUCAAAAAGUUUUGUGGGACCUGGAGGCUAAAGAGAUCAUCAUCCAUAUGUUACACGAUGAUGGGACCCCAUUUUUGGAUGUGGCCCUAGCAAAAUCAUAUUUCCAACGCGUAGAAUCCUCUUAUGGCUACAACAGUAACAAAGUAGUGAUAGGAAUGGCACAAAUCUUCAACUUGGACCGUGACGUACUUUUCCAUCAUUUGCUCGGACCGUCUGAGCCUAAAGAAAAGAAAAAAUGGCAGGCUGAAGACAGUAAACCACUCAUUGUUCUUGAGUGGGAUAUUGAAAAACCAAUUGGAGGUAUGAAAGUGAUAAGAAAGGCCGUGACCAAUUUUCGUGGCCUAGAUGUUAAUGUCGAGCAAGAAACUUUGACGAAAAUCAUUCAAUGGGCUUUUCCCGCAGAAGUUGAACAAUUUAUGCAAGACAGUAAUACGAGCUAUACCACUGAUGAUGACUUAGAAGAUGGUGCAGAGAGUGCAUUAUCUGGUCAACAGAGUUUCACAAUAGGAAAGAUUGGAGAAGAACGCAACGCUCAAGAAGAUCCCCACGAUGUUGAUGAGAUGUUCAAAAGAUCUUCCGAUUAUAUGGUCAUUACGAACAUGAUAGUAAACAGUUUCAAGCUCAAAAUUAGUUAUCGCGGUACAGGUGCUAUGAGACUCAUCAAUGUGACGCAUUUUGGCUUUCUGUUCCCUCGCCUAACUAUUCACAAUCAAACUAUCACAUCAAUGGAGCUCAUGGUUAUGAUUAAACAAGUAUUACUGAAAUCCCUUUUCAAGCAUGCUGGAAAUUUCCUUGGCAACAAGCUAAAGAGGCAUACAGUCCAUAACGAUGCAGGCACCUCUCCAUUGCGCCAAUUAUCGAGUUAUCACUCAUAUACCAAAGCUGAAGAUUUGAGAGAUCAUGAUUCAAUCAAAAGUGAUAUUGGUUUAGAGAGCGAAUCAGGCCGUGAAGUUUGGAAUGGUAGGGAUGCAGAACGGAGCUUGAGCCCCUCAUUGGAACAGAGGGCCCGAAAGGGUGAAAGACGAGGACCAUAG